AUGCAGGGGAGACGGAUAUUACUGGCUGGUCUGCGUUGGCGGGUGGGGAAUGGAGAAAGCAUUCAGGUCUCAGAGGACCCAUGGAUACCAACGCCUCACACUUUUAAGACGAGUUCACGACAUCCUGACCUACCCUUGACCGUGGCUGACCUAAUUGAUUCUGAGUUGAAGAUAUGGAGGUGCGAUCUAAUCUCAAGGCUUUUUUAUCCGAAUGAAGCUCGGUUGAUUACAAGCAUGCCAAUCAGUCGGUGGGGCUGCCCCGAUAGAUUGAUGUGGCACUUUCACAAGCAAGGAGUUUACACGGUACGGUCUGGAUAUGAUCUUGCGUUGUAUUUGAAACGGAAUGGGGAAUUAGGCGUUAAAGGGGAUGGGGAAGGUAGCAGGCAGUCCAACCAAGCUGCUAUUUGGAAAGGAAUCUGGCGAUUGCGCAUCCCUCCUAAAAUUCGCACGUUCGUCUGGAAGGCUUGCCGGAAUGCUCUGGUUGUGCGACACCAUUUGAAAAAGAGACGGGUGCCAGUGGACAAUGGAUGUGCUUUCUGUGAUCAUGAGGAUUAA